AUGACACAUCCUCCGUAUCGUUCGCAGCCAUUCUCUUAUUCAAAAUUAAAAAUACCUCAAUAUGAAUUAGAAGGUGAUGGAUGUUCAACUAAAGUUAUUGUUAAUUCAAUUGCACGUUUUCGUCUUCGAAUAAAAUCAUCAACAACUUCAUAUUAUAAUAAUUCGUUGGUCGAUUUAUUUUCUUUAUCAAUUCUUGAUCCAUUUGGUCAUGCAAUAGUCGUUCAACGUCGUAUUAUUUCAAUGGAUUCUCUUGAAUUAACAUAUCAACCAAUGUCUAUUGGUGAACAUCAAUUAAUAAUAUUAUUUAAUAAUAAAAUUCAUCGUCAAUUAACAAUUGAUGUUAUACAUGAUGAAUCAAAUUAUUUAUCAAAAUUAAAACCAUUUGGACCUGGUCUUAAACGUGCAAUUGUUGAUUUACCAACUGAAUUUUAUGUUGAUCUUAAUCAAACAAUAAAUAGUGAUAUACAUUUUCGUUUAGAACCAUCAUAUCAAGCUGAAAUUGAUUAUGAACAACAAUUAGCAACUGUACGUUAUGUACCAUUGAAAGAAGGCAAUUGUCCUAUACAUAUUCUUGAAAAUGAUAAAGAUAUUUUACAUUCACCAUUUAUUGCUCAAGUUGAAAAAAAUAUUACACAUCGUGAAAAACCACGUAUACGUGUUAUCGGUUUAUCAAAAGAAAUUAUACUUCAUCGACCUGUUGAAUUUCAAGUCUUUAUUGAUAAUCCAUUUGAUGAUUCAAACAAUUCACUGCAUGUUGAUAUAUUAACAGAUGAUGAUCAAUCUCCAUCUGUAUCAAUACGUCGUCGUCAUCGUUCCUCAUAUAUAUGUUCAUUUAUACCCAUUACAUUAAAUAGACAUUUAAUAUCAAUUGAUUAUGCUAGUAUUGUUGCUGAAAAUAAUCCAUUUUAUUGUCAAUCAAUACAAGAAAAAGAUAUUUUAUUAGCUGGUCCAGCUAUAGAUAAUCAAUGUUUAACAUUAAAUCAACCGACACAUUUUUGUUUUACAUUAAAAGAUUUUCUAGCAACAAAUUUUAAUGAUAAAAAUUCAACAUAUGAAAGUGGUUAUAGUUCAAAUGAUGAUAUAUCAUCAAAAUCAUCUUUAUCAUCAUCAUCAACAGAUAUUCGAACAUUAACACAUGAUGAAGAUGAUACUAAUAAUUAUCAUGUUAAAAUAACUGAUGGACAUGGAAAUAUUAAAUCAAAUAUUCUUGUUAAAGAAAGUUUUGAUCGAAAAAAAGAGAAUACUGUACGUGUUGAUUUUACACCGGAUGAACAAAUUUUGUAUAUAAAUAUAUCGUGUACUUGUUCUACUACAUUUGAACCACAAAUAACAUCAACGCCAAAAAAAUUUGAUACAACUCUUAUUUUUCCAAAUUUAUGUUCUACACGACGACCGGCUCAUAUUCGUUGGUCAUUAUCAAAAUAUACUCCUCGUCCUGUUGAUUCAUCUACUCCGAAUACGAAAAAAAUCAAAAAAUCUGCAGUUCCUGAUCUUCAUCGUUUAAUUUAUCCACUAACAACAACAAACAAACACUCAAUGAAAGUUUGGGUGUUAUAA